CCCCAAAGGGUUAGGGAUCCUUUUUUGGUUACUCACGGGAUCCCAGAACUCAGACACCCUCGGUAGCAAGUCAUGGGAACCUGGUAUGCCCUCUUAAUUCCGUCGGUUAGGUUCGGUUGGCGUCGAUUAGCGUCCGGGAGUCGACUAGGCAGCGCCACUGUCGAUUCCUGAUGCCGCUCUUCUUCCUUGGCCCCCAGACGCCAGGCAUGGCGUGCUGAAGAGCCAGCUGGCAUUCGACGCCUACGAGCAGGCCUGCUGCUCCUCCAGCAUCUGGCAUGGCCAGGACUUGCCACACGAGAGAGAUCGGCCACACUUUUGUGGGGAUUUGUCCACGGCCGACGUCGCAUGAGCCAAGGGGGUCUCACAGCUUGUAUUAGGGCCCCGCUCAACGGUGGACCGGGCGGACUUCGUUCCGGCUGGCAUCGCGGACCCGUAUUUGGAUGCCGCCGUGGUGCUGGGCGCGACGGGGGCGCAGAUAUCGGCAGCAGGGCAGAGGACAGGCCGCGAGAUGGCUGCGUCUGCGCACGCGUGCGACGGGAACGUCUCCCUGGUGCUCCCAUACAGCGACCAGUGGCUGCAGCAGUGCUGGGACUUCGCGCAGCAGCAUGGCCUCUCGUGGAAGCGCCACCGCCUCCAGGCCAUCGACGCGGCCGGUGCCCCGGUGAGCCCCGAGAGGCAGGCCUUCCUGGACGCAUCGGACUUCCCCCUGUCCGUUCAGUUCGUGCCCCGCGUGCCCGAAGUGGCCAUCCACAUCGACUGGAGCGCCGAUGGGAUACCGAGCCGCGCCCUCGGCGAAGGCAAGGACGAGGAGCCCAGCCCGCUCCUGGUGGACUGGAGCCGGGAGGGCCUGCCGCCCGCCGGCCAGCAGAAGGUGGUCUUCCUGGGCCCGAAGGGGGCCCUGAGGCGCCGGCGCGAGCCCCGGGCGCCGCUGAGGCCGAGCGCGCCGACGUGGGCCUUGCCGAAGCAGCAGGAGGCCCUCGCCGUGGCCGAGAUGCUGCGCCGCGCGCCGGUGCGCAGCCCAGCGUGCCCCAAAGCCCCGGCGGUGCUCCCCAGGCGGCCGCUGGGGGCGGUCAUGAAUUCGGCCCGGGCCUCAGGCCUGCCGCCCCCCGCCGCCUCGGCCGCUCCCAUCCGCCCCGCUUGCCGGCGGGCGGCCGAGCCCGGCCCCGCCUCGGCGCCCCCCGCCUUCGCCAUCCAGCGCGCGGCCCUCCGCGCGCCUCGGCCGGCCCCUGGCGGGCCCCAGCCAGCCGCUGCCCGCCGCCUCCGCCUCCACCCCCUCGCCGCGGAGCUCCGCCGGCCGCGGCGCCUCGUCUCGCUCCUGGCGCGGCUGCGCUGCGGGGCCCCCACGGCCGCCCCGAGAGUCGCGGUUCUCGUGGCGCAGGCGCCUCACUGCGCGCAGCGCCCCCUUGCAGCCUGGGCAGAGCAGCGCCGCUGGCCCGGGGCUGCUGGCCUCGCCGACCCGCUCGCCGGCGUAGCCGCAGAGGCGUCUCAUGCGCUCUGUGCUGCGGCUGCUGUCCUCUUGCCGCGGCGGCCGGGGCCGGGAUGGCCGGGCGGCGGCGGCCGCCUCGCGGCGGACCCCGCGCAGGCGGCGGGCCGCUUCGAGGAGGGCCCCGUCGUCGCCUGCGUCGGCGAGGUCGAGCUCCUCCAGCCAGGCGCCUUCUUCGGCCUCCCCUGCGCGAAGGUCGUUCCAGCGCCUCCUCGGGCUCUGGUCGCCGCCCGCCAGCGGGUCGUCGUCCGGGUCCUCGGCCUCCGAGGCGGCGAGCUCGGCGGCCGGCUCCUCCGCGGCCGCUGGGGCAGCGUGCGCCUCCGCCAUCGCCGCCAGCACCGGCUCCUGGCGCGCUGCGCCCUCGCCCCGUUCUCGAGGCUCUUCCGGCAGUUGCCUGCCGCUGCGGCGCUCCGCCUGUCGCUGCCUCGUGGCGCGCUCUUCCGCCAGCAGCUGCUGGGCGGCCGCGGCCGAAGCCCCAGCGCGCCUGGCCGCGGCGGCUGCCUGGCGGAGGGCUUCCGCCUGGCUUGCGAUGAGCUGUCGUGCGCGCUCCUGCUGCGGGCGGCCGCCUCCGCGCUUGCCGCGGCGCUGGACGGGCGGCAGCAGACUCCCCAGUCGACUACCUCGACCAUGGCCUCCAAGCGCGACGGGCAGGACAAGGGGUCGCGGGAGGACCGGCUGCGCGAGCUGAUGGUCGAGUUCCGCGAAGCGGCGGCAGAAGGCGUCCGCGUGGACGUCAUCGACCCCGAGUCGCGGCUCAUCUGCCAGGCCGUCUUCAGAAUGGAGGGGGGGGGGGACUCGGACAUGAAGUCGAUCAGUCUCCAGCCUGCCUUCUACCCGGAGAGCAGGUGGGACGUCCACGACAUCGGCUCCGUGACAAAGGAGGGGGGCGACGGUUUCAAGCGCCACGUGCCUGAGCUUGCCGACCUCAGCUCUUGCUGCAUCGGCCUGGAGCUCGACAGCGAGAUCAGGGUCCGGUGCCUGCACUUCUCGGAGGGGACCGGCAGCUGCGCGACGACUUCUACGCCUGCCUGA